GAACACUUAAUCUCGACAAUUCGAUAAUAUUUCAGCAAGAUGACAGACGUAUUGCUGAACUUUGUGCAAAGCUCGCUUCCAGAGGAGCUUGCCUCGAUACUUCAAAAUUCGAUUCAAGCGCUCGAAAAGGGAGACUUCUUGGCCAUUUUCCAGUAUCCGGAAGUCCAAGAACUUCUGGGUCACCAAGAGAGCGAAGCCACAAAAGAUGUGAAGCUCGACGGGUUUCCAGUAUGGUCUGAUUAUGUCUUUCAUCGCCUCGGGUUGCUGUUGUCGAACCGGAACGACGAUGCGAAGACAACCCCGCAGGAAUCCUCUGCGUAUCGGCAACACCUCUUCCUCAUCACUGCUAUUGCAGCGCUGUAUGCCUUUAUUCAGUCAAAUGUCACUGGGCCGCCACUACCAUUCAACUCUGCGGAGGUAAUCUUCCCAGGAAAGAUUUCUUCACAACCUACGGACGUGGACAAAACAAGAGCGGCAUUAGUAGCUUCGCUCAGUUCGGACGGAGUUGCUGCUUACAGGCUCACACCCAAUGUCGAGCUGCUCUGUCUGGCAGAGACGAUUCUUAUCAGCCCACCUAUUCAGAAGAACAUCAAGGGAUCCGUGUGGGCGAGAUUAAGAGCUACUUUCUUUCAUCAGCGCCUACUAUCAGAACCGGCUCCCUCGUUACAGAAAUCCAUCUAUGAUGAUGUAGACGUCCUUUCACGAGAGAUUCUGGGUUCUGAUGCGAACAGCGAGGUCAAAAACUUGCGUGUCCAUUUCUUGCUCGAGCGAGCUGCUAUUCACACCCACCAUAGCUUUGACAAGAAGGCCAGAGCCGAUCUUGACCAAGCAACAAGCGAGCGCAAGUUCGAAUUCGCACUGACUGGCCUGAUGGGAAAGAGAACCAAGUUCCAACAGAAAGAUACAAGCCAACUUCUAGUCCUCGCCCGAAGUGCAGAGUCGGAUACAGAGAACUCGAACCCGGAUGUUCCCAAACCCCAGAACUUAGAUCUCAACGAUGACACACUGCUCGAGUCCAUCUCCUUCACAGAGGGCGCAUCUACCACAGAUAUCAAGAACGCAUCCUCGCUACCGCCUCGACUUGCAUCCCUGGAUCCUGCAAACCAACCAAUGCUAGAUCCGCUGGACUCCGUCAUUCUCCUAUCUUUAGCAUCUUCGAUCGUGAACACCAAUCCCGCCGAUGGACUGACCAGAGAAGAAACCAUUCCCUAUGCCACACGCGUUCUAGAAGGCGGAAGCUCUAACUGGCAAGUCUACACUCAGGCUCUACUCGUCCGCAGUAGGAUCGAGGGGUACAAAUCACGAACAAUGGAACGAGGUCUGCUACAGCUUCAAGCGCUUGUCGACCAAGUCAUUGCAGAUACAUCCGAUUCAAAAGCCGCCGAAGCCGAUGGAUCAGAGGGACAGACGUCCUUCCUCCCUAAGGCAAAAGAGGGCGAAUCUGCGACUGUGGACGAACGCCUGCGUUACAUUUUCGCACUCUGCUCGCCGUCCCGCUGGGAGCUGGAGGCAGAGCUUGCAGCGGCUUGGGUGAGCGUCGGAGGUCUGCGGUCCGCUCUUGAGAUCUAUGAGCGACUUGAGAUGUGGGCAGAGGCAGCUCUUUGUUGGGCCGCCACAGAGAAGGAAGAUAAGGCUCGAAAAAUCAUCCGACGCCAGCUCUUCCAUUCUACGGACAACAACGACGAAGCUGCCGACCUCGAGGAAGAGAAAUGGGAAGGCCCAGCGCGAGACCCAGCUCCUGCCGAGGCUCCACGUUUGUAUUGCAUUCUCGGUGAUAUCGAUCAGGACGUAGCAAUGUACGAAAAGGCCUGGGAGGUGUCUGGUGGCCACUACGCUCGAGCACAGCGCUCUCUUGGCCGCCAGUACUUUACAAACCGCGAGUACGAGAAGGCAGCAGACGCAUACUCGCUGUCUGUGAAGAUCCACGCUCUUCACCAGCCCUCUUGGUUCGCGCUUGGCUGUGCUUACCUUGAAUUGCAGCAGUUCAAGAACGCAGUGGAGGCGUUCUCACGAUGCGUUCAGCUUGACGACGAGGACGCAGAAUCAUGGAGUAACAUGGCAGCCGCGCUCCUGCAUCUCCGCCCGAAGCCCAAGACCGAUGAUGAAGAGGCGAAUACAGAUAAGGUGACGAACCACCCCCGCCAAGAUGCCCUGAAGGCUUUCAAGCGCGCCGCAAAUCUGAAGCACGACAACGCACGCAUCUGGUCCAACGUGCUUGCAGUUGCGGGAUCGACGAACCCACCCUCGUGGACAGAUAUCAUCACUUCCCAACGGAGGAUCUGUGAAAUCCGCGGUUCGACCGACGGCGAGAAGUGCAUCGAUGAUGAGGCACUCGACCUCCUCAUCAGGCACGUGGUGCAGGAGGAGGGAGGGUUCGACGUAUCCCGACCAGGAUUACCUCGCCUCGUGAAUGAGCUGGUCGAGAAGCACAUCAAGCCGCUCAUCACUGCAUCUCCAAAGCUCUGGACUGUUCUUUCCACACUAUAUGUACACUCCAACCGGCCGUCUUCCGCGCUUGAGGCCCACGAGAAGGCAUGGCGUACUGUUACUUCCCAGCCAAAGUGGGAGAGCGGGACCGAGGCGCAGUGGAAAGCUGUUGUUGAUCAGACUAUCGACCUCGUCGAUGCCUACGAAAGUCUCGGUCCGAGGGAGAGGACUGAAGGCCUCGCCGCAGGUAGUGGAGAGUUGGUGGCGAAGGACUGGAAGUUCAAAGCCAGGAGCGCGGUGCGAAGCGUGAUGGGCAAGGCGAAGGACCACUGGGAAGACAGUGCCGAUUGGGAUAGAUUGAAGGAGAGAUUGGAAGAGUUGAAAAAUGCUGAAUGAUUGAUGUUGAAUUAGAUAGGUAGUCUUGUCAUGAAAAGUGAGCACUUGCUACUUCCUUCACCGUAUCAUCCAAAAC